AUGAUGUCGAGCAUCCUUAACAAUAUAUUUGCCAAGUCGUCACCCGCGCCCAGAUCGGUAAACGGGGACAAGGAAUCGCGUGGCACCAAGCGAAAAGCUAAGAGCGACCCUUAUGAUGAAAUAGACGAUGACGACCCAGUCCAAAAGACGCCUUCGACUCAGCGCACUCGAUCGCGCAUUUCUUCGGAAGCACCAAACUCUAGCACAAAGGGACGGCCUCCGUCGGCGGGCAAGACCAAUAAGCGCCUAAGCCGUUCGUCGGGUGUUCGAAGAAGCGAGGUAACAGAUAGUCCACGUGUCGACGCUGCAGCAAAUUUAGCCCGCGCACAAGAGCCCGAAGCGGCACGAUUACAUCCUCAACCUGAAGAAGAGUCCAGUAAAAACUUGGUAGUCCCGGUAGCUGAUAUGGGCAUCCCUGGGCCUUCUAAUGAUAAGCCUGAGCCUGCCAAUAACAUCCACGACGGAAAUAAUACAAAGGGUAAAGAGAAGGCGACGGCAGUGAACCGGACGGAGCAGACGCUAACCGAAGCGGACGAACGCGAAGAGAAGGAAGUUCAAGCCCUUCUUCGGCACAGAAUGGCUCAGGGCGGCAUUGUCGAGUUCCUUGUCCAUUGGGUUGGAGAGAGCGAGGAUGAUGCUACUUGGGAGGUCGAAGAAGAAAUUCAACAAGGCGCAGAAGAGACGUUAUAUGCAUACUGGAAAGCCCAAGGCGGCCGUAUCAAUGCCCUCUUCAUUAAACCUAAAAACGCUCCUCUCGAGACCUACCGCGUCUUUAAACUGCUCGGUCACGAAAAGAAGGUUAGAGGCGGGUUCGAAUUCGAAGUUCAAUGGGUCGGCCAUCCGCCCACGCGGGGCGAGACAUCAUUCGAAGCCGAAGCCAAGCUAAAAAAGAUUGCCCCAGAGGCUUUGGACCAAUACUGGAAGGAUCUCGGCGGUCGCGAGAAAUUUCUUGCUAGACGAGGCCGGGGUAAGAAGCAGCGCACCGAGUAG